GCCAAGAAGAAGCGAGUGCACUACCUGGUAAAGGAUAGGUGUACGGGUUUCAAGUGUCUCAACUGUGGUGAUGGUGGAAGCAUCGAACACUUGAAGUCCUAUCGGUGUGAUGCACUCGAAGCUGAAAGUGAUGCCACUUACAUUGCCAGUCGCAAGCUUGCUGAGACACUGCGAGCAGAGGAGGAGGCUACUGCAGGCUCAGGAGAUUCGGAUGUGGAGGCUGAGCUCCUACGGGAACAGCUAGCUUUGGAAGAGCUGCUACUCCAGGCCGAAGAGGGAGAGCUACAGAGGUUGUUAGCCGAGGAUGAAGCAGCUCUACUAGAAGCAAAGAUUCUGUCUUUGGAACCGGAAGCAAAAGCUCCGAACAGCCUGAAGCGAGAGCGGGACCUAGCCGAUCUGACUGCUGAGGAGGAAGCCGAUCUACGCGAAGCCAAGAACAGCCCGAAGCAAGAGCGGGACAUAGCCGAUCUGAUACGCGAGGAGGAAGCUGAGCUAGCCGAAGUAAAAGCUAGGAACAUGAGAGCAAGAGCCCAGGCCCAGGCCACCCCGCAGCACCACAAGAAGAUCUUGAAAAUUCCGCAUAUCACUACAAAGAGGACCCUGGAAGAUCCCAAUGCCAAAGCCAUGACCAAGAAGCCUCGUGUUGAAGUGCAGUCGCAGUCCCAGCGGAUUGCUGAUGCCAACAAACAUGUGGAAAAUGUCAUUGUAUGUCCAGACAACCUCGAGACCCAGCCCUUGGAGUUCCACAUGGGUGGCCUCGACGUGGCUGCCGAUGCCAAGCUCGACGAUGAUGCCCAGGACGGCCACCUUGGCACAGAAUCUGUGGCAGAGGUAAGCGUCGCUGCUGAGGGCAGCGAGCAUGAGAGUGAAGAAGGGAGGGAGAGCCACCACACGUUGCACUACGAAGAGUCAGCAAAGGAGGUGCUGCCCGAGUGCCCCGAUGCCGAGCCCUUCAAGGCAUUGUCUCCGGCAGAGCAGGUUCAGCAGUCUGGGGGAAAAUUGAAAAAGAAGAAAAACAAGAAGGCAGCUGGGCUACAGGAUGAGGAGAUUGAUGAGGAAGGAUCGGCGCCCCGACGUGGGGGGCGAGGGGGUCGUGGUGGUCGUGGUGCCACCGCAAGGGGUAGGGGGCGGGGCCGAGGACGCAAGCAAAACGAGGAGCCUGUGGAGCCAAAGGAAGCCAGCCCAGUCGCGACAGAGCCGGAGGAGAGCGAAGCCGAAUCGGCCGAGGUAGAGGAUGUUGAGCCUGAGGAGCAGCACUCUAAGAGAAAGCGAGAUGAUGCCGGCAAGCCCACAGCAACGACCCAGGCCAAAACCAAGGCCGCAGCAAACGCCACAGCAAAAACCGCAGCAAAAGCCAAAGCAAAAACCGCAGCAAAAGCCAAAGCAAAAACCGCGCCAGAAGCCAAGGCAAAACCCGCAGCAAAAGCCAAAGCAAAGACCAAAGCCACAGGACCAGCAGCCAACCCGAAGGCAGCAGCAGCCAAGGAUGGGGGCACCAAAGCUAAGACAUCGGGCAAGGGAUUGGAUGCAGAGCAGAAGGCCCUCAAAUCACGGAAGUCAGUGGCCUAUCACAAGGCGAUGACACAGGCUAGAAACGAGGGCAAGGCGCUUGAUGUUUGCAAGAAAGAAGCACAAGCCGUAUCUCGUUUUAUACUUGCAUGGCAACUGCAAUGUGGCAUUGAUGUGCAUGUCCUGUGUUAUUUGUGA